AUGGCCGACCAGAACACGGAUACCAAAAAGGUAUCAUCUAAUAAAAUUCAACUUGAGAAAAUUAAGCAUCCAUUAGAGACUCAGGAUGAAGUAAUCCAGUCGAACGGAAAUAUUUCAGAAAAAUUGCAUACUCCGUUAAUCAAAGAACAGCUUAAUAAUACAAUUACGCUUUUUUCUCCAACCAAUGCUUCGAGAGCAAAACCAGGUCUUAUACUAAAUGAGAAAAAUAAUAUUAAAAAACAAAAGAUUAAAAACAAUAAUGUAUAUGCCAAUCCCAUCAACUCAGACAAUCUAGUAACCCAAAAAUUACUGCUUUGCAAUAAGGAAGAAGACGACAAGCCAGUUUUACAUGUCCAAUUUAACAGUGAUAGUCGUAGUCAAAUGUCUGCAGUAAAAAAAUCAUGUUCUAGUGUUAAUUCAGAUAUUUCUUCGUCUUCCAGUGAAUCUUUAGAUGACAUUUCAGAAACUAGACCACCCGACGGCGGUUGGGGCUGGAUUAUAGUUUUAGCUUCUUUUGUAGUAAAUUUAAUAGCUGAUGGUAUAACGUUCAGUUUUGGCGUGAUUUUUGUUGAAUUCUUAAAUUAUUUCGGAGAAAAUCGUGGCACGACAGCAUGGGUCGGUGGUUUGUUUAUGGCUAUGCCACUUCUAUCCGGACCAGUUGCUUCUUUUCUUACAGACCGGUAUGGAUGCCGUACAGUGACAGUUUGUGGAGCCAUAAUGGCAUCUUCAGGGUUUGUGAUCAGUUCGACAACAAAUUCCAUGACAGUACUUUGUAUUACCUUUGGUGUUUUGUCUGGCUUUGGUUUGAGUUUGUGCUACGUAGCUUCAGUAGUAAUAGUUGCUUAUUACUUCGAUAAAAAACGUUCUUUUGCUACUGGAUUAGCAGUGUGUGGGAGUGGGAUAGGAACUUUCAUUUUCGCACCAUUAAUUCAACUUCUUCUUGACGAGUACGGAUGGCGAGGCACGACGUUGAUUCUCGCCGGCCUCUUUUUAAAUUUAAUUGUUUGUGGUGCACUUAUGCGGGACUUACCGUGGACGUCACAAAAGCAGAAAAAGUUGGCCAAAGAACGAAAGCAAAUAAGAUACUUAAAACGUAAACAAAAAGAAGCAUCAGCCGAUUCUUUUUCUGUUAGCAACAGUACAAAUACAGCAAGUGUGUUACAAGCAAUCACGGAAGAAAAGGAACAGGACCAGGACAUUUGCGAUAAAAGAUUGAGCAGCUCCUUGAUAAAUUUGCCCACGUAUGUGAGGAAUGGAGAAAAGGUUCCUUUGGAGGUUUUAGAGCUGUUAGCGCGAAAUAAGACUGUAAAUAAUGUACUAGCAGCAAACUAUCCAAACCUUCUCGCUUCUUCUAGAAGUUUUAGCGAUUCUGGGAAAGUUCACGAAGGGGUAAUCAAUUCCAAACAUGCAGCUACCCAAUCCCAACUGCCAGAUGUUAGUAAUAAUGUUAAUUGCCUUAAUUCAAAUAUGUGGGCUCCCAAAAAAGAGACCGAAUCUCUACCUCUCAAUAAUGCUCAUAAAAAAGUACCUACAGCUUACUUAAGGGAUCUCAGAAUUCACAGGCUCUCUGUUACGUAUAGGGGAGCUAUGCUUAAUAUAAACAGGUAUCGUCUUAGAGCAAGCUCUUGUCCAGACAUCUACAGAAAUUCCAUGACAACCAUCGCCAAGGAAAAAGGCGUUUGGUACGCCGGUUUCUGGGACUUUUGGGAUCUAAUUGUUGACAUGUUUGAUUUUUCGUAUUUUGCCGAUCCCAAAUUUUGUAUUUUUGCCAUAUCAAAUUUUCUGCUUUAUACAUGGUACGAUGUUCCGUAUGUGUAUCUUACGGAUAAUGCGAGAAAAAAUGGAUAUUCCGAAAAAGAUGCGUCCAUGCUCAUAUCUAUUAUCGGAAUUAUUAAUAUGAUAGGGGAGAUCAUAUUGGGAUGGGCAGGAGAUAGGCGAUGGGCCAACGCAAACUUAAUCUAUGCAUUAUGCAUGGUUCUUUGUGGCGGCGUUAUCGCGCUUGUUCCAGUGAUAACAAAUUAUCCAAUGCUUUUAGCAAUUUCAGGAGCAUUUGGCUUUUUUAUAGCAGCCAAUUAUUCGUUAACCUGCAUCAUAUUGGUGGAAUUAAUUACGUUAGAUAGAUUUACGAAUGCUUAUGGAUUGCUGUUGUUGGUCCAAGGUGUGGCGAAUUUACUAGGACCACCGCUGGCAGGUUGGAUAUACGAUGUGACCGGUACAUACAGUUUGUCCUUUUACCUGGCAGGAAUUUUCAUAGCAAUAUCUGGUCUCAUGUUGGUUAUAAUACCCAUAGUUAAUAGGUGUAAAAAAUGUAUGCGCAAAGACGAGGAAUCGUUAAAACCCUCAGUAGAUUGUGAUGUUCCCUGUGAACCAAAACAUAGGAAUUAA